CAAAAGAAGAGGUUUUCUACUACAAACGGAAACGAAUAUUCUUGGUAAGUGAAAAAAAAAUUUGCAAGACAAUGGGAAUAGUGUAUAUUUUUGGAACGAUUUGAAGGUUGAAGGUGCAUAUUUUUUGUUUUUCAGAAAUGGCAUCUUCAUCAUUUCUGUUAAUUGCCGCGGUUGCCUGCAUCUCCUUCCAAUACACAUUGGCUUAUCCCAUGCAAGAAGUUGACGUAGAUGAAGAACCACUUUUCGAAUUUGUUGUUCCCGAAGGACCUCAAAUAUAUGAUCACGUACGAUACGUCAGAUCUCUUCAACCUGGAGCCCCAAACUUCCCAAUGCCUGGUCAAGGAAAACAGGAAGGGUGGAAAUUUGACCCAUCACUCACCAGAGGUGAAGAUGGUAACACCUUAGGUUCUAUCAACAUUCAUCACACUGGACGUAACCAUGAAGUAGGAGCCAACUGGGAUAAGGUUAUCAGAGGGCCAGGCAAAGCUAAGCCAACUUACUCCAUUCAUGGCAGUUGGAGAUGGUUAAUGGCUUCUCCAUCAUUCCUACUUAUUGCCGCAUUUGCCUGCAUCUACUUCCAAUACAGCUUAGCUUAUCCUAUGGAAGAGGUUGUUGUAGAUGGGGAACCAUCUUUCGUAUAUGUCCAGCCUGAAGAAUCUCAAAUAUACCAUCAACAACGAUACGUCAGAUCACUUCAACCUGGAGCCCCAAACUUCCCAAUGCCUGGUCAAGGAAAACAGGAAGGGUGGAAAUUCGACCCAUCACUCACAAGAGGUGAAGAUGGUAACACCUUAGGUUCUAUCAACAUUCAUCACACUGGACGUAACCAUGAAGUAGGAGCCAACUGGGAUAAGGUUAUCAGAGGGCCAGGCAAAGCUAAGCCAACUUACUCCAUUCAUGGCAGUUGGAGAUGUCUCAUACACAUUAAGAGGGUAAUGGAACGCAUUGUGAAAAUAGAUAACCUAAAUCAAUUUUUUUCAAUGAGAUUGAUUUUAAUAGACGAUGAAGACCUUAAGAAAAGGAAGGAAAUAAUGGCUUCUCCAUCAUUCCUACUUUUUGCCGCAUUUGCCUGCAUCUACUUCCAAUACAGCUUAGCUUAUCCUAUGGAAGAGGUUGUUGUAGAUGAAGAACCAUCUUUCGUCUAUGUUCACCCUGGAGAAUCUCAAAUAUACCAUCAACAACGAUACGUCAGAUCACUUCAACCCGGAGCACCAAACUUCCCAAUGCCUGGUCAAGGAAAACAGGAAGGGUGGAAAUUUGACCCAUCACUCACCAGAGGUGAAGAUGGUAACACCUUAGGUUCUAUCAACAUUCAUCACACUGGACCUAACCACGAAGUAGGAGCCAACUGGGAUAAAGUAAUCAGAGGACCAGGCAAAGCUAAGCCAACUUACUCCAUUCACGGCAGUUGGAGAUGGAAAGAUCAAGUUUUAUCAGCUUCAUCAAACUCGAUAGUUGUGAAUCCCGCACUCCAUUCCAUGCUUUAUUUUCAGAAAAUGGCAUCUUCAUCAUUCUUGCUUAUUGCCGCAGUUGCCUGCAUCUCCUUCCAAUACACUUUGGCUUAUCCAAUGGAAGAAGUUGACGUAGAUGAAGAACCACUUUUCGAAUUUGUUGUUCCCGAAGGACCACAAAUAUAUGAUCACCUACGAUACGCCAGAUCUCUUCAACCCGGCGCCCCAAACUUUCCUAUGCCUGGUCAAGGAAAACAGGAAGGGUGGAAAUUUGACCCAUCACUCACCAGAGGUGAAGAUGGUAACACCUUAGGUUCUAUCAACAUUCAUCAGACUGGACGUAACCAUGAAGUAGGAGCCAACUGGAAUAAAGUAAUCAGAGGACCUGGCAAAGCUAAACCAACUUACUCCAUUCGCGGUAGUUGGAGGUGGGAUAAAAAACCAUUUGCAACGACAUAUAAAACAACACCUUUUCCGGACAGAGGAUUUUAUUCAUCACUGUCGACCUUGACAGACAAAAUAACAUUGCCGAUAAUGCCAUAUAUGAAUCGUGAACUGAAUCCAAAGAAGAAGUCUUCCACUACGAACGAAACGAAUAUUUUUGAAAUGGCAUCUUCAUCAUUCUUGCUUAUUGCCGCAGUUGCCUGCAUCUCCUUCCAAUAUGCUUUGGCUUAUCCCAUGCAAGAAGUUGACGUAGAUGAAGAAUCACUUUUCGAAUAUGUUGUUCCCGAAGGACCUCAAAUAUAUGAUCACCUACGAUUCGUCAGAUCUCUUCAACCCGGAGCCCCAAACUUCCCAAUGCCUGGUCAGGAGAAACAGGAAGGGUGGAAAUUUGACCCAUCACUCACCAGAGGUGAAGAUGGUAACACCUUAGGUUCUAUAAACAUUCAUCACACUGGACCUAACCACGAAGUAGGAGCCAACUGGGAUAAAGUAAUCAGAGGACCAGGCAAAGCUAAACCAACUUACUCCAUUCGCGGUAGUUGGAGGUGGUGAAGAUUAUGAACCUUCAUAUUUGUGAUUUUUUCAAUACGCUUAUUAUUAGUUAUUUAUUGUGAAUGUUCCUAUUUUAUUCAAUAAAUUACUUUAACAUAA